UACUCUGGCAGCGCAUUUGAAGAAAACUACUGAAAGAUUGUUGUGACCCAAGCCAGCUCUUUGCCAUGACCAAAGAGAACUCUCCGGUGGGAAAGAAUCUCUGGUACGAUGGCGAAUUUCUGUACUCCUUCACGAUCGACAAUGAGACCUUCUCGCUUUUCCCGAAGGCAACCCCAUUCCAGCUGCCGUUGAGGAAAUGCUCUGUGGUAGGAAACGGUGGGAUUCUGAAGAAGAGCCACUGUGGGAGACAAAUAGACCAAGCCGACUUUGUCAUGCGGUGCAACCUGCCUCCUCUCACCAGCGAAUACAGCAAGGAUGUCGGGGCCAAAACUCAGCUGGUAACAGCAAAUCCUAGCAUAAUUAAGAAAAGAUUCCAGAACCUUCUUUGGUCUCGAAAAGCCUUUGUGGAUAGUGUCAAAGUCUACAACCAGAGCUACAUCUACAUGCCAGCCUUCUCCAUGAAAGCAGGGACAGAACCCUCUCUUCGGGUUUACUACACCCUAGCGGAUGUCGGUGCUAGGCAGACAGUGAUCUUUGCCAACCCAAACUUCCUGCGUGACAUUGGAAAGUUCUGGAAAAGCAAAGGGAUUCAUGGGAAGCGACUGUCAACCGGCCUCUUCUUGGUCAGCGCAGCCCUAGGUUUGUGUGAAGAAGUCACGAUUUAUGGCUUCUGGCCUUUUUCCGUGGACCUGCAUGGAAAGUUCAUCAGUCAUCAUUAUUAUGACAACGUCUUGCCAGAUUCCGGAUUCCAUGCCAUGCCGGAGGAAUUCCUGCAGCUGUGGUUUCUUCACAAAAGAGGCGUGUUGCGGAUGCAGCUGGAACAUUGUGAGGACUCCAUGUUUCACUCUGCUGUUUGAGGAAAGACCUUGGGAAAGGUCUGAAGAGAGGUGACCCCAUUUCACGUUCCGCAGAAUGAACAGACGGGAAGAACAAAGGCCCAUAUCCAAUCUGUUAACGGAUUUGCAUGGACUGCUCCAGUAAUAAAGGCACCAUUGACAACUUGGAGGUGGAUGGGAGAAUGGAAGUCCUUAUGCGCAGCAUUCUGUGUGGUCCUUGGCGAAGGCUGUUCAGCGAAAUGGCAAAACUCAGCCAGGCGUUGCCAAGGGUGUAAUUCCAGGGCAUUACAGGGUUGGGGUUCUAAAGGGCUUUCAGUGAUCGUACUGAAUAUUCCAUGUUGUUCAGAUUUAAGACUGACAUCCACGCAACUGGAAAUUUAUUUCUUUGGACUGUGUGUUUGUUCGUUCGUUUCCAAAGCUGGAUCUUGUAAGGUGCCUCAAGUAACCAUUCUUUUCUUUUAUUAUUAUUCUUUUUUCCCAAGAAGCAUUGAAAAAAUAGUCAAACUGUGCCAAUUUUCUGUCCUUCAAAGGAAACAAAACCAAACAAGUAGCAGUGCUUGUAGUCAGAAAUUGGGGAAUGUGUUUUUUUAAAAAAAGAGAUGUGAAUGUCUUUUUAGCAAAAUAUUUAUUUUUUACAAGAAAAAAAAUAAGUUGCCCGUUUUGUUUCCAUGUAGGUUGAUUGAGGUAAAGAACAGUGACUGUUGGGGUCAUCAAGCUUGCUCCUGGUCGUAAACCUGGCCCCACCCUCACGUGCUUGUAUUGAACUAACCACAGUUCUGAGCUGGUCUCAUGAUAUCAAAAUGACACGUCCUCCCUCGAUCCUAAAACAAGAUAGAGGAUCAGUCCUGCUUUUUGUAGAGCUAACCUGAGCCAGUUUUGUGAUGUUUUGGAAGGUUUGUUUCUGUUUCAUCCUACUUUUUUUUUUUACAUUCCAGGGUACACACCGCAAAGGCCAUGCAUUGUACUUACAGUUGAACUUGGAAAGUUGCUUUUUAAAACGAACUAGUUAAAGGUGCCAUUCCAGGGUAGCCAAAAACUUAAUUGCCACUAGAAUCAAGGAUCUUUCUUGCUUUCCGAAGUUACCGAAAUACACACUGUUUAGUAGUUUUAAACUUCAGAAUGAUACUAACUGCUAACUUGUGAUAGAAGACUCAUGUAAGUAGUCAGACCACGUUCCCUGUAACUGUAGAAUUAACUAAAACUAUUUCGCUUACGCCACAAAAGAGGUUAGGUUAACUUUUAUGGCCAGAAUCCGAUGACUUAGUUGUGCUGGUGUAAGUGUAGUGGUAGAAACAGCAACAUUAAAUUACUGCUAGUUAAUGAAUCACUAUGUGUAUCCUCAACUCCUGGCAGUUGCAUCUGCUAACGUGCAAUGAAGGGAACAAGAAACUAAUGGCAACCCACUGCUGGAAUGUACACCAUCUAACUAACAGGAUUCUGGCCAUUGCCCUAUAGUUAGAACUUAGAUGUUCAUAGUGAUUGAAAAAAAGAGUUUAACUACAAGUAACUUGUUAUUUAUAUUGGAACGAGUUACUUCCAAGCUCUGGUGAAAGCUGAUACUCUUAUUUUGGGGAAGGAGAUAUAUGUCAGUGGUAGAGUGCAUGUGGAGCUAUAGGUCAGUGGUAGAGCGCAUGUUUUGCAUGUACAUGGCUCCGUAUUCUGUUCCUGGUAUCUCCUGUUAAAAGGCUGGGAAAGACCUCUUUGUUUCAGUCCCUGAAAAGCAUCUGCCAAGAAAAUUAGGCUAGAUGGAUUAGUCCGUUGGCUUAAUGUAAAACAGCUUCAUCUCCCCAAACCUCCAUUUAUCAUUGUAAUUGUCCUUGGUCCAGGUCACCGCAGUCUGAUUUUGAGCCAUUUCUGCUGAAAUCUAACAUGAUCCAUCUGUCCUAUCUCUCUCCCUCCGCCGAGAGCACAGGGAUUAUCCAUUCAUUUUAAACAAGAGGUCUGAACAUAGUCAAUUUGCUGAGAUGCUCUAGGGCAAGAGUGACGAUUUACUUGUGGUGAUAUUUGCAGCCUGGAGGGGCUCCCCUGUCCACUUUGAGGUGAAGUGUCUCUCUCACAAGACCAGAGGCUGCCCUGUGAAUUGCAGGAAAGAGCAGCUGGAACAGAGUUUGGGGACACAAGCUUGCCAGUAAGACCAUGUGCAGUGUUUGCUUAUGAGGCCUGGUUAAGGAGUUUUCAGCAGAGCUUGGGCGGGAAAAAUUAUUCAGCCAAGGACAAAGCAGUGCCAAGAGUUUUUCUCCACAAUGACAUAAGCAUCAAACUAAAGAGAGAGAAAAAUCUGCUGAAAAUUGUUCUCCAGUUUCUCCUUGGAUAUUUGAAAACUCCCCACAUAUUCUUUGGAUGUUUGAAUAUUUGCUGAAUAUUAUCUUAUGGUGGUUACUCCUCUUAAAUAAAAACAAAUACAUUUCCAUCUUUUUUGUAACUGGCUGUUUUAUUUAUAUGCAGAUGUUUGCAGAUUUAACCAAUUAAACCUAACUGAGUUAAUUGCUCUGAUUUCUGGAGCUUUAUUUGAUUAAUUGAUUAAAUCAUGCAAGUUUGCUUAUAAAUAACCAAUUCUCCCAAAAGUUGUUGUUUUAUGGCACUAAUGUGCCAUCUUGGAAGUGCCAUCCUGGAAGCAAUGUUGCCUCUGAUGUGUUUAAGGAAACUCCGACAUUUAGGGAAAAUGAGUCUACUCGGAGGCAAUCUAGCUUCAAUUUUUAUAAGUACUUAUAUUAAUGAAAUAAUGAACAUUCUAUGUGUUUUUACAGUGUGUUGACCAGUUUAUUCAGGGAUGCCUUCUUAGUCAAUUAAAAAUUAGUUUAGUCUGACCUGUUAAUUAAAUAUUGCACUUCAAAGUUUAUUUGUGCUUGAUAUCCAUUGAGAUUUUUUUUUUUUUUUUAUGUCUGAGAGUUUGCAGUAGUUGGCUGCUGGUAGGUUCAGAAAGUGAGUGUGUGUUUUUAGAGUGACCGGUAUCCUGUUGUGUAGCUUUUUACUGUGCCAAUGGGAGUUUUUACCACUGGCUGAGAUAGAUUGCAAUGAAUUGUCCCAGAAGGAUUUUGACUCUUAAUAGGAAAUAUAGAGGAGAAUCCUGUUGGUUUCCCCCACAUGUGUCUGCUACAGGUGUCCUCCUUUCCUACAAGGAGGCAUUCCUGAUAUCAUCAUGCAUGCAGAAACCUUGUUGCUGUAAGUAGUAGUGUGAUGUUUAGCUUGCCCAUGUGCAGAUGGAGCAGCGCCGACAGGCGGGUAGGUCCACAGAGCAGUUAUGAUAUGCAUUUCACAGCAGGAUACUGCUGGUUGGGUUUAAAAUAUCUGCAGUCACUUUUUUACCUCUAAGCUCCAUGUCAUCUUUUUCCUAGUAUCUGUCCAAAAGAUGAUGGACUUAACUCCUCCCAUUUUUUGCCUCCAGAAAACAUGUCCAAAGGUGCUUACAGUAUGGAUGUCUCACCGGCACUUUCUGUUAUUCCUUUGAUUUCUUGACAUCAUCACAUGGCUAUAUCUAGAAAUCUUGUGACGCCAUCACAAAGCCAUUUCAGAAUGACGGCAAGAAGCCACAUCCUCAUUCUGAAUCGGCUUUGUGAUUGGUUUAUAAUAUGACAUCAGGAUAUCAUAAUGUGCAUAGUCUGCGUAAGAACAUGCAGUUAGAGGGGCAUAGCUAUGCUGGAAGGGCACAUGAAAAGGGCUGUCAAAAUCGGGUAAGCAGUAUAUAAAUAUAAAAAAUAGAUAACAAUGUUGCAAGGUCUUUUAAAUUUGUCCAGGUUUUUAAAAAUGAAGUAAACACUUCGGGAUUUUCACAUUUGCUAGUGCAUCCGGAUUCUUCUUCUUCGUUGUACAUAUCGGAAUCAACCCAGGAAGUGCUCCUGGUGUGGAAGGAUCAACCAAAAGUGCCAGGAGAUCCCCAAAUGUGUUCACCAUCCUUGCAUUCUUUGGGGGAGGGGGUCCUUCCAUGUCCCCCUGCAUCCAGAUGAGUUUCACCUUUGAGUAGGCAUACUCGAGUACAGUGAAAAUCCAUCUUGACCUAAUAUUAAGUGAACCUGUCUGAUAGCCACACAUAAGAAGGGUAUAGAAAUGGAGUUGCACAUACUUAUUAUUUUAUGUAAACAUCCUGUGUCUGCAAGCAGAGGCUGUAGACUAAGGAUGUGGUCAACAUUUGAAAAAUUUUCCCGUUGUCAAAGAAACAAAUGGUGUCUUGACACACUGAGGUAUUCCAAAUGGAAAAUUGACGAAUGCUGUUUAAUUUUUUACUCCUAAACAGAAUGAAAAGCUCUGCUCCCUUUCCCCCCAUCAAGGGUAGUGUUAGCAAAACAAAAUCACAUCCUGUUUUGUGCAAAAUAUGUCCUUGUGUGCAAAGUUUUUGUAGAAAAUACUUUUUGCAUAAAAUGCAAAGUUUUGUGCAAUGCCUCCAUUUGUGCAAUUUUUGUGAAAAAAAAUCUUGAAAUGCAAAAUAUGCACAUAAAUUAUUGUAAUCUUACACAGUGGGGAUUUAACUGUUGAAAUUGCUCGCUAUCACAUGUCAGAAGAACGGCAGCAAAGAUUUACAUCCCACUUUCUUGCAUGAAGAGACAAGCUUCCUUUAGUGAAGGGAAUCAUUUCGAGGACAGAAGACUCCUUUUGUUAAAAGAAAUUUGUGGGAAAGGAAUCUUAUGAUCUAAUCCAUAAUUUGCACAUACCCUUGAUCUUUUCAGAUUUUACCGGCCCAGGAGGGAGAAAAUGGGAGAUGAUGGGACAUCAUAGUUUUACGUCACAAAUCAAGAUGAUGUCACAGUGCCACAGAACAGUAGAAAUGAUUUAAAAUAUGGAAGGGAAGUCAUCAUCAGAUUUUUAAAGUGUUGUGUGAAACUGGUAGCCAUUUUCUGUGGUGUAGAUUAUUCCAUAAUGCAGCACAGACUGGGACAUGGAUUAUGUAUUGGAUAAUGCCCCACAGUUAGCCAAAAUCAUUGCUUUUAGGAAGUUUUUGCCAUCUUCUCUUUACUUGAGAAUCUGUAUUUUUCAUCGGAGUUUUCAAUAUUCUUUCUUUCUCAAUUGCCACCUUUCUUUCUUGAUCCUCCUGAGCCCAGUACAUUCUUUUAAAAACCACUAACAAAAUCUUUGAGGAUUGCUCUUAAAUAUUACAAAGCAAGAGAAAUAUUAAAAUUGUGAGUGGGAGGGAGAGAAAAAUGUUAGAGGCGUACAUAAUGUCUCUACUCUCUUCGUAAUCAACAAAUUACAUAAGAAUUUGCCUUGAAGUGGUGCUGUUAGUGAUGAAUUUAUUAUUUCAUUUUCUGUGCUGAAUCAGUAAUUGGAUCUCUCUCGAACAGUGGUUCCCAACCUCGGGUAAUCCAGGUGUUCUUCGACUGCAAUUUCCGGAAGCUUCCACCACUGGCAAUGCUGUCCAGGGUUUCUGGGUUGGAAACUGCUGCUCUAGAACACCCAUGGAUCAAAGCCUUCAUCUUUCCCACUCUCUCUUCUAAAGCAUGUAACAGUUAUGGGUGUCUUUUGCAACCAGACAAGUUCUUGUUGCCUUGGGCUGGAACUCCAAUUAUACAGUGGUGCCUCGCAAGAUGAUUUUAAUUCAUUCCACGAAAAUCGUCUUGUGAAAAGAAUU